CCGUCGGAUCUCACAACUGACCCUCUCAACAACUCAAAAACAAAAAACACAGGCAAGAAAAUUACGACCGACAGAGAUCCCAGCCUUCUCUCAACGUUCCAUUCCAUGUUUUUCAAUUGAAUCAACUAACAGACAUUUUGAACAAAACCUUAAACACCAACACAAAUCUAUUUCUCUCAGAGCACGUGCAAAGCCGGAUCUAGGCAAUAUACAGAAAUGCGGGCUUUCUAACGGACCGUUUUCUGGUUUGUUUGUUUCAGAUUUUUAUGUAUUUGUGGAAUGUUGGGAAUUCCCUGCGAAUUGUGAUAGCAAAAGUGGCAUAAUAUCAUUUGGGCGGUUAGCUUCGUCAAUUGAAAUAGGGAGACAUGUCGAGAAGACCAGUGAAUCCCUCUCGGCGAUUGGUAGAAAGCGGUGGUGCUCUGUUUUCAGGCCCAUCUCACUCCAAGUCCAAGUCUUCCCCAAUCUUAUCCGUCGGCCUUCCUCUCCUCCUCGUGGGAGCAUUGAUUUUUCUUGUGUACUCCUACUCGGGCGGUGGAGGUGGAUUUGUCAACAUUAGGGAGGCUGUUGGCAAGGUUGAAGGUGAUUUUUCAUGCACGGUGGAGGUCCAACGAGCAAUUCCCAUUCUAGCAAAAGCAUAUGGUGACAGCAUGCACAAAAUUCUGCAUGUUGGCCCUGAUACUUGUUCAGUGGUUUCUAAAUUGCGAAAGGAGAAAGAAACUGAAGCCUGGGGUGUGGAACCAUAUGACAUAGAGGAUGCUGAUAGAAACUGCAAAGCUCUUGUGAAGAAAGGCAUUGUGCGUGUUGCCGAUAUCAAGUUUCCACUUCCAUACAGGCCAAAAUCAUUUUCUCUUGUAAUUGUUUCAGAUGCAUUGGAAUAUUUGUCUCCUAGGUACCUUAACAAGACCCUCCCAGAUCUGGCAAGGGUAUCUAUUGAUGGGCUUGUGAUCUUUACAGGCUCUCCUGGUCAUUGGAAAGCUAAAGUUUCAGAAUCCAAAUAUGGAAGGGUGGCUAAGAUGAGGAGUUCGUCGUGGUGGGUCAGGUAUUUUGUUCAGACUAGCUUGGAGGAGAAUGAAGCUACUAUCAAGAAGUUUGAGCAAGCAGCGACAAAGAUGUCAUAUGUCUCAAAUUGCCAAAUUUUUCACCUUAUGCCAUUCCAUUAACAUUUUGAUUUUUUUUUUUUUUUAAAUUUUUUAUCAGUCUUGAAGCACUUGGAGAUGCUAUUUUUGAUAAUUCAUCUCAGACGAUUUUUUCCGUAGGAGACUAUCAAUCUUUCCCCCCAGUUGUAUUGUUCACAAGAAUAUGAAUUGUAUUAUUUUAUUUGAAGUUAUUAUUUUGAAGUUAAAGCAAGAAUGAGCGUGGUAUGUGUUCAGAAGCGCCCUAUAUUGUUACCUGAGUACGCUGAUUGUUAUAUAAACAGAUACUUUGGUAUGU